AUCAUGGGACCUGGUGAGCGCUGAGAAUCGCGGCCGCAGCCAUCAGCCCUGGAGAUGACCAGGAGCGGCCACUGCUGAGAACUAUGUGGAGAGAGGCUGCGAGCCCUGCUGCAGAGCCUCCGGCUGGGAUAGCCGCCCCCCGUGGGGGCGAUGCGGACAGCGCGGGACAGCCAGGGGAGAGCGCGGGGGCCGCAGCAUGCGGGAACCCGCUAAACCCGGUGGCUGCUGAGGCGGCCGAGAUGCUCGUGUGCGCAGCGCGCCCCAGUGCAUCCUCGACCUUCUCUGGCUACAGGGACCGUCAGUGGCGACUAUGGGCAGAGUGGGCUAUUGGACCCUGCUGGUGCUGCCGGCCCUUCUGGUCUGGCGCGGUCCGGCGCCGAGCUCGGCGGCGGAGAAGGGUUCCCCCGCGCUGAAUAUUGCGGUGAUGCUGGGUCACAGCCACGACGUGACGGAGCGAGAACUUCGAACCCUGUGGGGCCCCGAGCAGGCUGCGGGGCUGCCCCUGGACGUGAACGUGGUAGCUCUGCUGAUGAACCGCACCGACCCCAAGAGCCUCAUCACGCACGUGUGUGACCUCAUGUCCGGGGCGCGCAUCCACGGCCUCGUGUUUGGGGACGACACGGACCAGGAGGCCGUGGCUCAGAUGCUGGAUUUUAUCUCCUCCCAGACUUUCGUCCCCAUCUUGGGCAUUCAUGGGGGCGCAUCUAUGAUCAUGGCUGACAAGGAUCCGACGUCUACCUUCUUCCAAUUUGGAGCGUCCAUCCAGCAACAAGCCACAGUCAUGCUGAAGAUCAUGCAGGAUUAUGACUGGCAUGUCUUCUCUUUGGUGACCACCAUUUUCCCUGGCUACAGGGACUUCAUCAGCUUUGUCAAGACCACAGUGGACAAUAGCUUUGUGGGCUGGGACAUGCAGAAUGUGAUCACACUGGACACUUCCUUUGAGGAUGCCAAGACGCAAGUCCAGUUGAAAAAGAUCCACUCUUCUGUCAUCUUGCUCUACUGUUCCAAAGAUGAGGCUGUCCUCAUUCUGAGUGAGGCCCGCUCUCUUGGCCUCACCGGGUAUGAUUUCUUCUGGAUUGUCCCCAGCUUGGUCUCCGGGAACACGGAGCUCAUCCCCAAAGAGUUUCCAUCAGGACUCAUUUCUGUCUCCUAUGAUGACUGGGACUACAGCCUGGAGGCGAGAGUGAGGGAUGGCAUUGGCAUCCUCACCACCGCUGCAUCUUCUAUGCUAGAGAAGUUCUCCUACAUCCCCGAGGCCAAGACCAGCUGCUACGGGCAGAUGGAGAGGCCAGAGGUCCCGAUGCACACCUUGCACCCGUUUAUGGUCAAUGUGACAUGGGAUGGCAAGGACUUAUCCUUCACUGAGGAAGGCUACCAGGUGCACCCUAGGCUGGUGGUGAUUGUGCUGAACAAAGACCGGGAAUGGGAAAAGGUGGGCAAGUGGGAGAACCAGACGCUGAGCCUGAGGCACGCCGUGUGGCCCAGGUACAAGUCCUUCUCCGACUGUGAGCCGGAUGACAACCAUCUCAGCAUCGUCACCCUUGAGGAGGCCCCGUUCGUCAUCGUGGAAGACAUAGACCCGCUGACUGAGACAUGUGUGAGGAACACCGUGCCAUGUCGGAAGUUCGUCAAAAUCAACAAUUCGACCAAUGAGGGGAUGAAUGUUAAGAAAUGCUGCAAGGGGUUCUGCAUUGAUAUUCUGAAGAAGCUUUCCAGAACUGUGAAGUUUACUUACGACCUCUACCUGGUGACCAAUGGGAAGCAUGGCAAGAAAGUUAACAAUGUGUGGAAUGGAAUGAUUGGUGAAGUGGUCUAUCAACGGGCAGUCAUGGCGGUUGGCUCGCUCACCAUCAACGAGGAACGUUCUGAAGUGGUGGAUUUCUCUGUGCCCUUUGUGGAAACGGGAAUCAGUGUCAUGGUUUCAAGAAGUAAUGGCACCGUCUCACCUUCUGCUUUUCUAGAACCAUUCAGCGCCUCUGUCUGGGUGAUGAUGUUUGUGAUGCUGCUCAUUGUUUCUGCCAUAGCUGUUUUUGUCUUUGAAUACUUCAGCCCUGUUGGAUACAACAGAAAUUUAGCCAAAGGGAAAGCACCCCAAGGGCCUUCUUUUACAAUUGGAAAAGCUAUAUGGCUUCUUUGGGGCCUCGUGUUCAAUAACUCCGUGCCUGUUCAGAAUCCUAAAGGGACCACCAGCAAGAUCAUGGUAUCUGUAUGGGCCUUCUUUGCUGUCAUAUUCCUGGCCAGCUACACAGCCAAUCUGGCCGCUUUCAUGAUCCAGGAGGAAUUUGUGGACCAAGUGACUGGCCUCAGUGACAAAAAGUUUCAGAGACCUCAUGACUAUUCCCCACCUUUUCGAUUUGGGACAGUCCCUAAUGGAAGCACGGAGAGAAACAUUCGGAAUAACUACCCCUACAUGCAUCAGUACAUGACCAAAUUUAAUCAGAAGGGAGUAGAGGAUGCCUUGGUCAGCCUGAAAACGGGGAAGCUGGACGCUUUCAUCUACGAUGCUGCAGUCUUGAAUUACAAGGCCGGGAGGGAUGAAGGCUGCAAGCUGGUGACCAUUGGGAGUGGGUACAUCUUUGCCACAACUGGUUAUGGAAUUGCCCUUCAGAAAGGCUCUCCUUGGAAGAGGCAGAUCGACCUGGCCUUGCUUCAGUUUGUGGGUGAUGGUGAGAUGGAGGAGCUGGAGACCCUGUGGCUCACAGGGAUCUGCCACAAUGAGAAGAACGAGGUGAUGAGCAGCCAGCUGGACAUUGACAACAUGGCAGGCGUGUUCUACAUGCUGGCCGCGGCCAUGGCCCUUAGCCUCAUCACCUUCAUCUGGGAGCACCUCUUCUACUGGAAGCUGCGCUUCUGUUUCACAGGCGUGUGCUCCGACCGGCCUGGGUUGCUCUUCUCCAUCAGUAGGGGCAUCUACAGCUGCAUUCACGGAGUGCACAUUGAAGAAAAGAAGAAGUCUCCAGACUUCAAUCUGACAGGAUCUCAGAGCAACAUGUUAAAACUCCUCCGGUCAGCCAAAAACAUUUCCAACAUGUCCAACAUGAACUCCUCAAGAAUAGACUCACCCAAAAGAGCUGCUGACUUUAUCCAAAGAGGUUCCCUCAUCAUGGACAUGGUUUCAGAUAAGGGAAAUUUGAUGUACUCGGACAAUAGGUCCUUUCAGGGGAAAGAGAGCAUUUUUGGGGACAACAUGAACGAACUCCAAACAUUUGUGGCCAACCGGCAAAAGGAUAACCUCAAUAACUAUGUUUUCCAGGGACAACAUCCUCUUACUCUCAAUGAGUCCAACCCUAACACAGUGGAGGUGGCCGUGAGCACAGAAUCCAAAGUGAACUCUAGACCCCGGCAGCUUUGGAAGAAAUCCAUGGAUUCUAUACGCCAGGAUUCACUAUCCCAGAAUCCAGCCUCCCAGAGGGAUGAGGGGACAGUGGAGAAUAGGACCCACUCCCUAAAGAGCCCUAGGUAUCUUCCAGAAGAGAUGGCCCAUUCUGACAUUUCAGAAACGUCGAGUCGGGCCACGUGCCACAGGGAACCUGACAACAAUAAGAACCACAAAACCAAGGACAACUUUAAGAGGCCAGCGGGUUCCAAAUACCCCAAGGACUGUAGCGAGGUCGAGCGCACCUACCUGAAAACCAAAUCAAGCUCCCCCAGAGACAAGAUCUACACUAUUGAUGGUGAGAAGGAGCCUGGUUUCCACUUAGAUCCACCCAAGUAUGUUGAAAACGUGACCCUGCCCGAGAACGUGGACUUCCCAGACCCCUACCAGGAUCACAGUGAAAACUUCCGCAAGGGAGACUCCACGCUGCCAACAAACCGGAACCCCUUGCAUAACGAAGAGGGGCCUCCCAACAAUGAGCAGUAUAAACUCUACUCCAAGCACUUCACCUUGAAAGACAAGGGUUCCCCACACAGUGAGACCAGCGAGCGAUACCGGCAGAACUCCACGCACUGUAGAAGCUGCCUUUCCAACCUGCCCACCUAUUCAGGCCACUUCACCAUGAGGUCCCCCUUCAAGUGCGAUGCCUGCCUGCGGAUGGGGAACCUCUAUGACAUCGAUGAAGACCAGAUGCUUCAGGAGACAGGUAACCCAGCCACCCGGGAGCAGGUCUACCAGCAGGACUGGGCACAGAACAAUGCCCUUCAAUUACAAAAGAACAAGCUAAGGAUUAGCCGUCAGCAUUCCUACGAUAACAUUGUCGACAAACCUAGGGAGAUAGACCUUAGCAGGCCCUCCCGGAGCAUAAGCCUCAAGGACAGGGAACGGCUUCUGGAGGGAAAUUUUUACGGCAGCCUGUUUAGUGUCCCCUCAAGCAAACUCUCGGGGAAAAAAAGCUCCCUUUUUCCCCAAGGUCUGGAGGACAGCAAGAGGAGCAAGUCUCUCUUGCCAGACCACACCUCCGAUAACCCUUUCCUCCACUCCCACAGGGAUGACCAACGCUUGGUUAUUGGGAGAUGCCCCUCGGACCCUUACAAACACUCGUUGCCAUCCCAGGCGGUGAAUGACAGCUAUCUUCGGUCGUCCUUGAGGUCAACGGCAUCGUACUGCUCCAGGGACAGUCGGGGCCACAAUGAUGUGUAUAUUUCGGAGCAUGUUAUGCCUUAUGCUGCAAAUAAGAAUAAUAUGUACUCUACCCCCAGAGUUUUAAAUUCCUGCAGCAAUAGACGCGUGUACAAGAAAAUGCCUAGUAUCGAAUCUGAUGUUUAAAAAUCUUCCAUUAAUGUUUUAUCUAUAGGGAAACAUACGUAAUGACCAACGUUCUGGAGGGUAAAUGUUGGAUGUCCAAUAGUGCCCUGCUAAGAGGAAGAAGAUGUAGGGAGGUAUUUUUUUUGUUGUUGGCUCUUUUGCACAUGGCUUCAUGCCAUAAUCUUCCACUCAAGGAAUCUUGUGAGGUGUGUGCUGAGCAUGGCAGACACCAGGUAGGUGAGUCCUUAACCAAAAAUAACUAAACACAUAAGGGCAAGUCUCUGGGAAAUGCCUACUAGGUAUGUUGGCAAUAAUGAUGCAUUGGAUGCCAAUGGUGAUGUUAUCAUUUCCUAUAUUCCAAAUUCCAUUAAGGUCAGUCCACCAUGUAAUUUUCUCAUCAGAAUGCCUAAUGGUUUCUCUAAUACAGAAUAAGCAAUAUGGUAUGCAUGUAAACCUGACACAGACAAAAUAAAAACAGUUAAGAAUGCAUCUGCACUGUAGUGAGAUUGACAUGUGCAAGAGAUUAGGAAGUUUGGCUCGUAACAGUUUCAGCUUUCUUGUUAUGCCUUCCAUCACAGCCCAGGCUCACCCCAGGAACUCCAGGCUCCCCCAAAGAAUAGCAAAUCAGUGUGCUCAUGGUGACUAUGCUACCUUCAUUAUAGUUCAUUUCCAAGACACAUCUGGAGCCAAAGGCCCGAGGGACCCUCAGGCGGAGAGAGAGCUACAGGAAUCUCUUUGGAUGUUGAUGUGUGUUUCUCUCACCCUCGGCUUCGAUGGUCUUGUUCAGAGCUGCAUAAACUAACACAUUUAUGUCUCCGAGCUCUAAGUGUGGAUCUUCUGUCUGUGACACAGUGGCCAUUGUAGUUUAUCCUGAAGACGCCUAUGUACGUAAGUUUGCAUUUCCUCCCUUCUGGUGAUGACUCAGGGUUGUAUAGUAUCUGUUACCCCUUCCCUUCCAGAGUGACCAUAACUCGUUCAGUUUCCAAACAGCCAUGUUGGUGUCCAAUUAGCUGUGUAUCGCUCUUCCCAGAGUUGUUAAUGUGGUGACAUGCACCAACAGCCGUGUGUCUACUGUGAUCUGUAAGAAGUGCAAUGCCAUCUGUCUGCCGAAGGCUAGCAUGAUUUUAGGUUAAUCUUCCUUCACAUCAAGAAAUUCUGUUCCACUCACUUCCACCCCAACCUCCUCACAUCAAAAGCCUUCAACACAUGAGACACUCUUGCAUCUACCCUGAGUAUCCUCCAAACUGUGGAUAGACUUUAGUUAGACAGGUGAUUUCUCCCUUCUGAAUUAUUCUCUCUAUUGGUGACAAACUGCUUCAUAACACCAACAGAGAUAUAGGGAAAAUUCCUCAAAGCAUUUGUCAUUUCUGAGUCACCUGUAUUAUCCAUUCUUAUUCUUACUCACACCUGUGUGUAUAUGAAAUGAAAUGAUACCCAUUUUUUAAAAAGUUAGAGACAGAGAGGGGAAUACUUAUGCAUGGGGAGCCUGUUAGCACAGUGCCUGCUACGAAAAAAAAAAAGUGCCCCCCACAAGAUAGUUGCUAUGUUAUGACACUUUAUCAGAUCAGGAUUUUCUAGUUUAAACAUUAAAUAUCAUAAAACCAGCAAAUAAUACUAACUAAACCUUUUAUAUAGCUCUACUCUGUUAAUUAGUAUAUUUCAUGUACAUGAAUAUUUUUGAAGUAUUUGGGAUAACUAGCCAUCUGUGUUUGCAGAAGACCUCAGUCUGUUUAGGAUCAUGCUAGGGAAACCUAAGCUAAUAUAGACUCAUCGGGCCAUUUCCUGGUUUCCUCCUGCAUUCUGUUUUACGUUCUUGAAGAAAGGGAUAAAGUGACGGGUUGAAAAAUGAUCCCAUUUCUUCUCCUCAUGGUGUGUGUUCUGUUUUGUAUUAUUUUCUUGCACGUGGGAAAGUGCCAGGGAUGACUCUCUUAAAGCUCCAGGAUAUGUGGAAUAGCUUCAUCUUUGGGAAAGUACACCUGGCCUACAAUGUUCCUAUAAUGAUGAAAACUGGUUGCAGUCAAUUUCAGUGUCAGUGGUAGAGAGACAGUGGGAAUCAGUGGGCCAGAGGGUCUGUUCCUAUAAUGAUGAAAACUGGUUGCAAUAAAUUUCAGGGUCAGUGGUAGAGAGACAGUGGGAAUCAGUGGGCCAGAGGGUCUUCCUUUCAUUUUUGAAAGGGAGAAGGGGCUGAUUAGGUACUGGGGACACAUGUGCUUGAAAAUGAUACUUUAUUCCCGGAUGCUGUACCUCUAUUGCCCCAAGAUCCAACAAUAGAGAAGUCUGGAUUGAAGGGCCUAGAAUAGUCACCCCAACUUCUGAUCCUAAAUCUAAAUUUCCGUGACUGUGUAGUCUUUCAGCCCUUUCUACCUUCUGCUCUUCUACUACGUUCCAGACCUGCAUCCACCCCAGCAAGGAUCACCUCCAUUUCCUCACAAUUCUGAGCUGUUUUGACAUGAAUGAAUUAAAAAGUUUCCCCAGAAUACAGAUCAGUGAUUUGUCAUCAAGACAAAGAGGCUUUCUGUCUUCCUCUGACAUCCUCUAAACCCAGAGGGCUGCCAAAUGCCACAGAGGCCUUCAAGGAGAGUGAGAGUUAUACUUGGACUGACUUCAUCGGUCAAAAAGCCUUCCCCUAACAGCAGCAUUAUUUCAGCUAUUCACCCCAUACAUCUCUGGAUAAAGAAACUGAAAACAUGGCAUUUGGAAGAGCCAACAGUAAUGUGAAAAAAAAAAAAAAACUAUACUUUUUUUUUUAUUACCCAAAGUGUUUUUUUUUAAAUAAAUAAUCAGAAAUUUUAUGCUACAUAAAGUUUUUGGUUUCCCUUCUCUACUAAUUGACUCACUCUUCAAUAUGAUGAUCCCAAACCAAAGGAAAAAAAAAAUCAAACACUGAUCAGAUGGUUAAUUUCUAAGGGAAAGAUGUAGAGUUAUUCAAAAGUCAUCUAAGUUAGCUCAGUUUUUGCAAAAAUAAUAUCAGGAAUGUAAUGUCCAGUGGUAAAUGGAACCCACAGUAUGAGAAGUAACAAGAAUUAAAUAGGAAGCCUGGGACUAUAGAUCCAUCACAAAAGAUUCCUGCAACAUAUCCCAGCUCUGAAAUCUUAGAUUUGUUGAUGGCAAGGAGCCCAAAUCUCUGCACACAAAUGCCUGAGUUCAGCUGGCUUAAGUCAGAGCUGGCAUCCAUAAUGAUAUUUUGUUAACUCUGGUUUUCCCCACUUGAAAAGGACCCAGCUGGUCCUCAGAUAGGUAUACUUGAAUGCAGAUGGUUGGGUCUCUGUCCAUGGAUAAUAGCACGCACAUGCAACCAAUUUGAAAUACUCUGUGUAAGAGAAUCUUCUAGAGCACAAACUCUACUUGAGAAACCUUUGUGUUUCUGGAAAGUGAGUUUCAUCAUCUUUACAUCUGCAGGUUCUUAGGCCACUUAUGGUUUCAAUGCUCUGAGCUGGCAAGUCCCUAGAGGUCUAUCUUUCUGCCAGGGAGACAUGCAGGAUUAUAAUCUCACCGCUCAUUACUCUUAUGUCCUCUGCAAAUCUCUCUGCAUUAUUUUAGCCAGCACCAUGACUGGGCAUCCAUGGAUUACUCUUGGCUUUCUCUUCCCUGCUUCAUAGGGUUCCUGAGAGUCUUAGUAUUUAGCUUUUCUGGAGAAAGCAUUAAAAUUCACCCAUUGCAGCAAAAUCUGUCAAAUCAUUUCAUGCUUAUUUUCUGGGGAGAAAAAAAGAAAAUUACACCUUGUUUACAAAUGAAAUAGUUUCACUUAAAUGGGACUCUAGCCAAGGCAGUUAAUUAGUCAAGAGAUCCACGGCUGUCAUAUAGUCACACAUUGUUUAUUCUAUUUGAUAUGUCGACCACUGAUGUGUAUUUAAUAUUCUGCAUCCUUCUCAGGAAAUGACAAAUGCCCUGAAUUAUUUGCAAAUAGAAUUGCUAAUGAAAAAGAAAAAAAAAAACUGUUGAUGUUAAUUAAAUGGUGAUUAAAAAUUUAUCUCCUUUAAAUCUAAAAAGUGCAGCUUUAAUAAUCAGUUGUCAUAUAAAUAAGUACCUUGUACUGAAAUCCCUUGUGGUUUAAGACCUAAAUAAACACUAAUUUGAGACAUCUAAAUACCUUACAGAGGAGCUGGAUAUAUUCAUUAACAUUAUGCACAUUCCUGUACUGUUUUUUGUGCAUAUCUGUUGUGCAUGAAUCCUUGAAAAGGGGACAUGAGUUGUUUCUGUAAUGGAGCCUGUUUGUAUUAACCAUGGCUAUCAUAGACGUAAUUGGACUCAAUGAAAAAAAAAUUGAGUAGGUGGAAGCUAAAUGUGUUAGUUGAUAUUUAAUAUGAGUGAAGGGUUCUAUGUAAAGGCAAUUUUCCUUCCAAAAGUACUGUUUAUUUUCACUGGAGACAAAAUUAGACCUUUCCAGAUACCCCAUCUCCUUUUGGUGAGCAGGGUUGAAAGUGAUGUGGGGUCUAUACUUGAAAAGUUCUCCCAAUAUGCAGUUACUGUUUCCCAUUCAAUCCCUAUACAUUGUACUGUGUUCAUAUCUAAUUGUAUCAGAUGAGGUCAGCUUGCCACUUGAUAUAGAUCAGAGAUGAUCAAAUGCACUUAUCCUGUGAAUACAACUGCUUGUGUACACAUGUAUAUAAUAUACAUGCUUGAUUUCUACAAUUCACACAUAAGUGUAUUAUCCAAAUAAAAUUGUACAUAUUGUAAAGUUUAUGUUAAAAAUUAAAUGGUGAUGAUGGUAUUAACACAUGGAAAACCCAUUCUGGCUAUUUUUAUGGGAGGAUAUUUCUGUAGAGAGGGCACUAUAUUUUUUUAAUCUCAGUUGUAGGGAGGAUGACGGAGCUUAAGUAGAAUUUGGGUGUUGGCGUUCUUGGCCCCUUCUUUAAAAAACAAAACUCUGGGAUGAGGGGAACAGAAUAUAUUCUGCUCACAUUGGCUCCUAAAGACAAUGCUGAUAUGGACUUGUGUGUGAUUUCUUUAAACCCUUCAAAGGAUAUAGAUUUCCUAUUUAAAUUCCUUAUCUUAUUUCCUCACCUGCAUUCUUUUCUGUGCCCAGCAGUACUUUCAGUAUAGUAUAAGCUAGAAGUGCCUGCCCAGAAGGGUCUUAGAAAACGUUUGUAGAACCACACCAAAAGUUAAGAGAAGGGAAGGAGAGAGGAGAAAAUGAAGUUUACAAAUGGGCAGUCGCCUAUUUAAAAUAAUCAAAUUAGAGAGUAUCAGAGCAAGGAUUAGAUCCAAGACAUGGUUCAAUUUAUGGCUCAGUUCUCUGACCAGGCUGAUUUAUUUCUAGAUUUCUUUUAAGGGACACUCCUGAAUACCUCUGGAAUAAGAGGCAGAGAUCCCCAUAAAGCUGACCUGGCUUUGUAUUUGUUUUAUUUUUAUUUAUUUAUUUAUUUAUUUAUUUAUUUUUGCUUCUUGCCCUAGACAGACCUACCCAUGCUUCCUUGAAUUUGGUUUUCCUUUAAACUCCCUCACAAUCCCUGUCUUAAAGUUCCUAGAAGAUAGUAAACUUUUUUCAGAGACCAUCUCCUUAAGAAGAAUCAACAAGGGAUAUUAUUUAAAACCUCAAACUGAAGAUAAAGGCUGGCAGUGACCACUGAAAUAAUUUAGUUUUAUGUGCCAUGCAUUGAGGAUAAACCAGCACAUUGAGCAGCUAAUAGAAUUUCACUGAAUGUCCACUUUACUUUGAAAGCCAGUUUGGGAUUGUGAGGAGGGGAUGAAAAAUUAAUGGAAAAUACAGUCUCUUCCCAUAAGUAGCUUAUGGUUUAGAAGUUCAGUUCUCUAAUACAAAAGAUAACCGAGGACCCGUGAAAUGCAAACAGAGACUAAACAGCAAAAAUUAGAAAUGACAACUAAAGUUGUUGCCAUGAAAAAAAAAUUAAUCUGAUUCUACGAGCAAAUUUUCUUUUUUAAGAAAAAGUCCUUCCCCAAAUUUUUAAGUAACUCUGGAGAAUAGAGUUAGUGCUCCUGGAAAUGCACUUGAUUUAUUUUAAUCUUCAGAGAAAGUGCUUAGGAAACCCAGGAGCCGCUAACCAGGUGAACACCUUCACACGCCUACAUUUUUGCACAGGCAGGCUUGGGUCUGGUUCCAAACCAGUUCUCCAAUCCUUGCCAAAUCAUGCCUUCUCCCAGCCUUGCAUUAUGACACGUGCCUCAAGAAAAGGUUGAAAAAAUUCCCCAAAGGAUUAGAAAAUAGACCAUGAUGUAAAAAGAUGAAGCAUUUCCCGAAAGCUUUUUUUGUUUGGUUUCGUUUUUGAUGUUUGAAGAACCCUUUUGAUAGAUCAGGGUAUGCAUGUAUCAGGGGAGGGUGGAGGGAGAGUUCUUUGUCAAGUUCCAAGUGCCUACUGUUGUGGCUGACAAAAGAGAAAGCAUCAGGUUCCCUAGAGAGAAAAUGGGGCAAAGAGAUGACAAAAAGAACAUAAGUGUAUUUCAGGAAGUAUGGCGAGGUGGAGAGGGAGCUUUUGUCACUCUGUCCAUCCCAUUCUGUGCGUUCUUGGAAUGUUAUAUUUUCUGCUUAUCGCAAGUACUUGCCGUGGACCUGCACCUGAAUUUGAAAAUAUCAAAAUAUAUCUAAAUUGAGUGUAGGCUAUAUUCUAGGCAUAUCCUAGAAUGUGAUCCUCAAAAUAACCUUAAGAUAUAAAUAUGAUUGCUCCCAUUUUACAGAUAAGGAAACUGAGGCUCAGGUUUUUCUCAGCCUCAUCAGCAACAUAAUUAGCUAGUAAAUCCCUAACGUUAGACAUAGUAUUGAAGUGCCUGGUCUCCUCCAGGGAGGUCAGAAUAGAAGUCAGAAAGAGAGGUCUGCUCUUUUGAGGUUCCUAGGCUUAUACCCUUGAGUAUAAGGGACGUUUGUUAGGGUAUUACCCCUCAUUGCCUGAUUUGGGUGUAUUGAGAACUUCUGGGGAUCUCACCUCUGUUCAUAGUCCCUUCUGAGACUUGAACACUGAUUAUGUCUCCCUUUCAUAUGCUUGCACUCAGCAUUUUUUUUAAACUCCUGGGGAGUCAUUUUCUCUACUUAGCAUGUGCCUAAUCUUAAAUAUCUCUUUCCUAAUGUCUCAUCUUUUUAUCAGUCAACAUCAGGGCUAAUUCCAUUAAACACAUGUACAUAGUACAUGCUCUCAUAUGUGUGUGCAUACACACACACACACACACACACACACAUAGACACACACACAGAACCAUGUGGCCCUCCAUUAAAGUUCUCCUAAAUAUUGUGAUCCAUGUUCAAAGAGGUGAUAUUAUUUGCAAGUUGACUGUUCCUCCUAUUUCACCUCUAUGUUUGGUUAUCUUUGCCAAGCAGACAGAAUGAGUUUUGGAGGUGGGACAGGGAAUAGGAAAUAGUUUCUGCAUGAAUGAUGGAGAGCUUUGGUAGUCAGAAUGAUUGAGGGCCAGCUAUUAAAAUGUUGUUGUUGUUUUCCUUCUUGGUCUGUUCUAUUUUUUUCUUUUCCAAAUUGUCUUGGAAAUAAUUUCCUGCUCACUAGUAUUGAGAUAGUGAUGGUUAUUCUGUUCCACUGGAGAGUGUUGAAUUGGAAUGUUUCCACUGGGCUUUACAGGUGCCCAGAGUGGCCUAGUGUUUGACGCACCCUGCAGGCAUGCCGCUGAGAAUACAUUCCUGCAUUCCCCUCUCUCCAUGUUUUAAGCCACACUCCUUUAUAUCUACUGAGAGGUGAGGGGUGCAUUAGGCCCAUUUUUAUGGACGAGAACCCUGAGGGGCGAUUUAAAGGAAUGUCUUUGUGAGAGUCUCCGUGAAUUCUCUGGAGGGUUAGCUAACUUAAAGCAAGUGAAGUCCUAGUCUCUGAGAAAAAAUUUCUCAGCUGUUUUCAUCUUUCAAGCUGGCAGUAAAAAGUCUUUUAAGAUAGAUUGUUAUUAUUUGUUUUUUGGAGAUCCCGUUGUUGGGUCUACAAGUGCAUGACAAUAUUCUUCUUGCAAUAUUGAGCUAUGCGAAAAUGGAGCACUCUAAAGAACAAUUUGACCAAUAGCGUUUCUUCUCUGGGGUUGUAUUUCAAACCUUGCAACUCUCUCCAGGGAACCAGAACUAAAUUGCUUAAAAUGAAGUCAUCCCUCAGAUUAACUUCCUCAGAUAAGGUGUCAGCAGUCUACACAAAGAAGACAAAACUGAGAUUAUCAUUCAUAAUUCUCUCUUAUGUAUUGUGUCAGUGAAACAGUGAGUUUGCAUUAUUGCAAUCCUAGAACAUUCUUCAUUAGCCCUGGGUCAUGACCUCUUCCAGUUAAUUCUCUUUCACACCUUUAGGAAAGAUUUAAGAUGAACCUUCAAUAGGAUAUUAAUGUUACUCGUAGCCAAUACCACAGCUGCCUUUCAAAUUAAUAAGGUUAAUUGUUCUCCAGCAAACAUGAGUUUGUCUUUGGCGUUUUAAAAACUUCCCAUUGAUCUGACAUUUUGCUGUUUUAAGUUUUAAAGGGCUCACAUCAAAGACUACUGAUAACUGAGCAAAGAGUGAAGGUCCAGAAAUAUGAAAACAUUGUCGUAUUUUUCCAUGAAAAAAACCAUAGCUUUUUAAAUUCAAUUGAAGUUUCUACAUUAGCCAUCUAAGACUUACUGAGUUACUUCCAUUCUCAGUCAAGGUAAUUCGAGUGAAUGAACAGUACUGACUUUUUAAAUCUUUUUUAAUUUUUUAAACUCUAGUUUAUUAAGUUUGUAGACCCAGCUCUGGGGCCAUGACCACUUAUAGAAUGUUUCAAUUUAAAAACAAAAGAUUCAGGCUUCUAAUUUGAGCCAAAUCCAGGUGAUCUUGUUUGAAAAUUUUGAUGAAUUUAAAAAGAUGAAAGUGUAACUUGUAACAUUCAUAUUACCCAAAUUUUUCACUGGGAAGGGAUGCUAAUUGUCUACUUAAGAUAUAAAUUCAAGAAUCACAUUUUCAUAGAAAAUGCAGAAAACUGCUUGACACAGCAAUGACAUAGCUAGAUGUGGCUCAGAUACAGUCCAAACCUGAGGGUCCCCUAAGAUUUCCUUACCAGUUCUUUUUAACUAUGAAUCUUAAUCUUGUUCAUUCCCCUGCCAAAACAAAUUUAUAAUCUUAAACUUGCUGAAUUAAUUGGCAUAAUUCACCGUAGUUUAUAUCACCCCAGAAUGUUUAUGUGUAUGUGUUUAUGUAUAGUAUACAUAUUUUCAAGCUGAAUGUUCAGAAAAAAUAAGGUGAGUUUAUUGGUGGCUUGAAUAAGAAUUAGAUCAUAAAAAUUAUAAAUAAUGGCCUUCUCAGAAAAAGAGAGUAAAUGAUUCAUUUUUCACUCACGUAUUAAUAAAAUGACUUGUUGCAUAAUACGCAAGCUGGUCAUUGCCUGCAAGAAAGUUAACUGAAUUAAGCAGCUAUCCAGGUUUAUGUCUGAGUCCAUUUUUAACCCAAUAUGGCUAGGAUUGAACUCCAUAUGCAGAGGGUUUCUAUUCACAGCUACGUUCAAACAGAAUCUAAAACCCACAUCAGAAGUGACUUGAUCUCUUGUAUGGUGGAGCUCAAAGCAAGCUGUGUGCUCUACACUAUGGUCUUCAUUUGGGAAUUAAUGUUCACUGAUCAGCUGCAGCAGUUUAUAUCUGUCAUGUUUUAAUCCACUGCAUGAGGAAGUGCUAAUAACUGUAUUAAAUAUUUCCAAGCAUAGCUACAAAAUUACAUGUUUGCUUAACACCUUUCUAUGAUAGAGGAAGUAUAUACUAUGGUUGUCUUCUUGUAGUAUGUCUUUUAAUUUUGUUCAAUGUGUUAUCAACUGUUUUAAGGAAUGGGGAUUGAAAUGUGUGUGCAAACUGAUAUGUACAUAACUCCUGAGGCAACAGAAGUGCCCGGUCAUAUGGUGUAAAAAUGUAAAUACAGGAAAAUUUCAUUUUUCUAAUAAAGAUAAUUUCUGCCAAUUGAUAUGAAAAUGA